AUGGAGAAGCGCCUGCAGGAGGCCCAGCUGUACAAGGAGAAAGGGAACCAAUGUUACCGGGAAGGGAAGUGCCGAGAUGCUGUGCGUGGGCACCAUCGAGCUCUGCAGCAGCUGCGGGGUCUCGAUCCAAGUCUGCCCUCCCCGAUGCCUAAUCUGGGACCUCAGGGCCCGGCCCUCACACCUGAACAGGAAAACGUACUGCACACCACCCAGACAGACUGCUACAACAACCUAGCUGCCUGUCUUCUUCAGAUGGAGCCAGUAAACUAUGAACGGGUGAAAGAAUACAGUCAGAAAGUCCUGGAACGACAGCCUGAUGAUGUCAAGGCCCUGUAUCGGUCUGGGGUGGCCUCUUUCCACCUGCAGGUCUAUGACCAGGCUUGGCACUACCUCAUGGCUGCUGUCAAUAGGCAGCCAAAAGACGCCAGUGUCCGGCGGUACCGUCAGCUAAUGCAGUCGGAACUCAGCAGCUACCAUCGGAAAGAGAAGCAGCUCUACCUGGGCAUGUUUGGUUAACAAAGAAGAAAGAUACCCCUCCACUGGAACUUAGGUGAACCAUU